AUGCAAAUAGCUGAGUUGGCCGAUGAAAAGUUUGCUGCCGGCGAAUACAUAUCCGCCAUUCAAGGCGUCCCCUUUGCCAUCAAGGACACAUACGAUGUAGCUGGCUAUGCAACUGCCUACGGCUCGUGGGAGUUCCUCGACAACGUUGUCCAAACGGAGUCCCCGCUGGUAACCUACGCAAUCGAAGCGGGGGCCGUCCCACUCUUCAAGUCAAGUGUGCCUCAGCUCACAUGGGGGUAUUCAAACCACAAGGGGGCUGUCUAUUCCUGUCUUAACGGAGGGUUUGCUGCCGGUGCAGGUGGGUCAGGAGGAUCCUCCAUCGGUUCUGGUGCGGCAGUUUGUCUUGGCGUUGUCCCAGUGGCCAUCUGUGAGCAAACCGGCUCCUCCUGUCAGGCACCCGCCAUUGCCAAUGGCAUCAGUACUGUCAUACCCGCUCUUGGUACCUUUUCACGUGAGAACAAUGGUUUGUACUCCAUGGAAACGGACCGCCCUGGUCUCCUGUGUCGCGACGUGUUAUCAUGUGCUGUCUUUUACAAUUACAUGCGUGGGGAAUCUGAGGGAGAUCCACAAAGUCGGAAUGUCCCGUUUGAAGAUCCCAGCAAGGUGGAUAUCUCCGGAUGGUCUAUUGGAUUCUCCGACAACUCGGAUACCCAAGGAUGGCCAGAGGCGUGGGACACGCCGUUCAUGGGCGAACGAAAUGAUGUUGUGGAGGCACUCCAAGACCUUGGUGCCGAUGUGAUAGUUGUCGAUGACUUGGCCGACUUGAUGAUGGAUCCUCCACAAUUGCUCAAAGAUUACGAAGAUUCUGGAGUUGGAUCCAAAUGGUUUGCGUGGUUUGAUUGGUACUGGCUGAAUGUUGAAGGCUUCUUCGAGUCCAUCUUUUGGUAUGGUGGAGGAAUCGGCACAAACGCCACUUCGUAUGGCCCCGUAUUUGAAGGACAGAACUUCAAUUUUGACAAUGGACACCAUCGUCAACACAUCGGAGCCUCGGCCUAUGCCUACCUGGACGAUCUCUGGCUGUUUGGGUAUGUAUCAGAGAAAGCAAUGUACCCCAUGCUUCAGUCCUUGCCAGAUGUAGUGGUUCACUUUGCGCAGUCAGAGCUCAAUGGUGCCGUCAACCAUGGCAUGAUCAAGCGAGCGGGGAUUAACACAGUGCACAUCCCACAGUUUUAUUGGAACACAACAGAUGAGACCUUUGUGGACUGGGCAGGCUCUCGUCCCAUUGACUAUUACCAGGAGACUACGGUAAGCGCUGCCAUGAUCACAUGCGAGUCCAAGAAGUAUGAACCCGUCAAGGCGUUUGCAGUUUGCUACCAGCUUCAGCAAGCUCUUGUCCCGGGUGGCAAGUUGAUCUCGCCCUACAUUGACAUAAUCCAUGAGGCAUUGAAAUCGGGGGAACACGAUCUUGAUUGCCCAUACGAUUGGAGCGCGAUCGACCCGGACUUUCUGGAAAAGUACCCCCCAGACAUUCGUGAGCUCGUGACGAGCAAGAUGGGUAACCGCGGAACCAUUGCCACUUGUGGAGCUGGAACGGACGGUGGGUGUUCCGGUGGAACUUGCUCCGACAAACGCUUCAAGGACGCCAUUACAUUCCUCGGCAAAUCUCCCGCAGGUAUCCCUUUCUACUCGUUCCGUUACAAGAAGGGAAUUCAGGAUGGACCUGAUCCGUCCAAGACGUUCAUUGGUGCAAUGGCUCAAGAUUUGGUGAUGUUGGCUCCCAAGGCUGUCUGUCGCCAUGCACGCGACGGCAUGCUGCGUGUCGACUACAGCAAGAUUGAUGUGAACUUUGUCGAGAUCGAGUAG